AUGAAAUUCAGUCCAAUUCCUAUGCCUUGGAGUGCACACAGAAGUGAUGAUUAUGGCUACACAAUAAUGAGUGUAGUCAAUCAAACACAUUUGCAUUUCCAACAAUUAUCAAUUGACAAAAACGAACAAAUUAUUGACGAAGUUUGGGUUUCAAAAGAUAUCGGUCAUUUACACAAUGACAAAUUAAGGUAACAUACACACACAUCAAAUGACUACAAAAUACAUUGUUCAUUUUACAGAGAACAACAAAUUGGUAAACCAUUUUAUUGAUGUGACAUCUAACAUCGCUAUGUUUUCAUGAUCAAAACUUUUGUUAAUUGCAUUUCCUUUUUUUUGAAAAAAAACUGAUCUCUCCCGCCUUCUUUUUUUUCUGAAUUUUGUUAUCUAUCCAAGCCCUAUAUUAUGUUAACUGAUAACACUGUCCUUUUUUCUCAUAAAAUUAUGUCUAACUAUGUUUUAUUGCUGUUUCUCUGCUUAAUUUAUUCAGAAUUUGCAAAUUCUUACAAAAUAUUGGUAUUUUCUCCGGCGUGUAGUACUUCACAUUUGAUAUCAAAUGCAAGAAUUGCAGAUGAAUUGGCACAAGCCGGUCAUGAUGUCGUAAGUUUACAGAUUAAAAAAAGUAAACAUCCUAGGUUUCAGACAAUAUUACAGUCACAAUGUUGGUAAACACAUAGUUUUUAUUUUUAAAAGUUGAUGCGUUGAUGAUAAAAAGAUUUCUAGCUUUCUUUCUAGCAAUAAGCUAGAAAUCAUGGUUUAUCAAAUUAUGAAAUCACGAAAAAAAAUUGAUAAGAAUAAGAAAUUGAAAAAAAAUUAAAUAUUUAAUUACUACAACUUAUGAAAAAAAUAUUUGUAUUGUUAGAUUAGACAUGCAGAGAAUGCGAGAGAUUGUGGAAAGUGAGAAGAAAUAGAGAUAGGAAGAGAUGAAUAUUUAUAUUUAUAGUAAAUAUAGUUUGAUGAUCGAAACUAUAAAAAUUUUCAGACUGUUUUGGAAAUCGAUAUGCUGAAUAUAACUUCAAUGAAAACUGCGAAAUUCGCCAAACGGAAAAUAGUUGCAGGACUCGCUAGUUCUUUACAAUUCAAAAAUAUAUUAAUGGGAUUUUCUGCUCAUGUUAUGUCAGAUCCUUCAAUUUAUGAUGAGUUCAAAGGUUUUUGGGAAUAUCAAAAUGCUUUUAAUGGUGUUUGUGAAGAAUUCAUCAAAAAUACUGAAAUUUUCGAGGAGCUCAGAAGUGAACAUUUCGAUGCGUAUUUCGGCGAACAAAUCAACAUGUGUGGAUUUGGAUAUGCUCAAGCUUUAGGAAUCAAAAGAAAAUUUCUAAUUUCAAGUUGUCCAAUGAAUGGCGCAAAUUAUGAUUUGGUCGGUUUACCGAUGGCUUUAGGUGAUCUUCCAAUUGGAUCCGAUUUGAGUGAAAAUCCAACAUAUUUCGAAAGAGCUCGAAAUGCGCUUAAUGCAGUUAUUCAACUUCUAGAAUACAGAGUUUUGAAUAUGUAUCUGACAGAUAUUUUCCGAGCACAAUUUGGGUGAGUUCUGUAUGAUUUUCUGAUUUAUCCUAACAUUGUUUUUAUAGGGAGAAUUUCCCAAAUACUCUGGAUAUUGUUCGAGAAUCUGAUUUUACUUUUGUUGCGACCGAUGAAGUUAUCGACUUUUCAUCUCCAACUUUACAAAAUGUGAUUCAUGUUGGAGGAUUGGGAAUCCACAACGUCGAAGCAAAACUUCCAGAGGUAAGUAUCAUUAUUGUAUUUUGAAUGAUCUCAUAAAUAAUUUCCAGCCAUAUGCCAGUGAGAUGGAAAAAGGUAAAAAUGGCGUAAUCUAUUUCUCAUUGGGAACAAUUGCAAAUACAAGUAGACUUCCAAAUCAAGUUCUCGAAUCAUUUCUCGAAAUAGUUCAACGUUUCCCAGAUUAUCAUUUCCUAAUUCGAGCGGAUAAAUAUGAUCUGAACACUGUCGAAAAGGCUAAAAAUAUUAAAAAUGUGAGGGUUUCUGAUUGGCUUCCUCAACCAGCAAUCUUACGUGAGUUUUGGUGAAGAAUAAAUAAGAAAAGAAUAUAAUUUUUUAAGAGCACCCACGUUUAAAGUUGUUUAUCACCCACGCUGGUUAUAAUAGUAUUAUGGAAUCUGCGAGAACUGGAGUUCCUCUAAUUACAAUUCCAUUCAUGUUUGAUCAAAACUUGUGAGUGCUGAAAAUAAUUGUGUGAUAACAAUCUUGAUUAUAUUCUAGAAAUAGUCGAGCAAUUGAGAAAAAAGGUUGGGGAAUUCGUCGCACCAAAAAUCAACUUCUUUCGAAUCCACAAGCAAUUGAAGAAGCUAUCAGAGAGAUUCUCAACAACCCCAAAUACACCGAAAAUGCUCAUCGAAUUCGUGAUCUUAUCAAAUCAAAACCUCAAAGUUCUAGUGAAAGAUUUUUGAAAACAGUUGAUUGGGUUAUUAGUAAUAAUGGAGUGCCGGAGCUACUUUUUGAUGGAAGAAAUACAAACACAAUAAUUUAUUAUAAUUUAGAUAUUCUCAUCCCUAUUUUUGUUUUGAUCACCUACUUUAUCAUUCCAACAUUAGUCAGCUGGUAUAUUUGGAGUUGUUUUGGUCAUUUGAAAAAUAAGCAAAAGUUAGAAUAA